AUGGUAUGUAUAGAGAAAUACAUACGCGAUGGCAUUCAGGUCUGGCCAGCUCUUCAUAGAUAUUCUCAGACGUCUUGCGGUUGCUCGAAAGGCCUCAAGGAGAGAGGUGUCUAUGCCGAUCUCCAUGUGGUUCUUGUUGAUGGAUACAGGAGGAGCUCCUGGCCUCUGCUCCAGAUAUUCGUCGGGGUUUAUAGGGGUGAGCUUACCAAGAAAGGGCUAGAGCUGCUCAGUCAAGAAUUCGAUUUGACAGAGCUCGAUCUGCUGAGGGCCAGAACUGUCAGUGGAAAGAGUAUACUCGAUUGCCAAGUGGAGAGUAUAGAGUCCAUCUUGCCCACUUAUCGUCCUCGCGAGCCACAGCCACUUCUUGACAUACUUGGCCGUAAGAAUGUCAUAGCACAUGCGCAAGAAAUAGGGUUUGGCCUUGAUGAGCUGCGAGGUUUGCUCACAAGCGGACUGCGGUGGGCGUACCAAACCUCAAACCAAGCGAUGAGACAGCACUUGUCUACAAUUGUCCAGAAUCUAACUCUUUCCGAAUCUGAUCGAAUCACAUACAACGCUUCCAUCUUUGACAUCUCGGAGCAGAUGUUAAGAGAUACCAUAGAAUCAAGAAUUAACGUGCCUGCAGCUGACGACGUGGUCAAGUUCUACUUGCAGUCGGCAAAGCGCCUCGUGCGGUUCCCCAAUGAAAGUUUCUGUCUUAGCUUUGAACAGGCAUUCAAGUCUAAAAAAUGGAAAUUGGUAGAGGCUCUAAUAAAGGUACACCCAAAGUUGGGAAAGCCCUUCUCAGGUCCCAACCUAGGUACAUUCUUUUCGAAUUUGGGCUGUGGUCGUUGUAAAAUGAGAGGGGAUGCCUCAGACUGGCGACUGACUCUUUGUCAAAUUCAUCGCAACGAAGCCAUUUCACUAUCGCGGGUCGGUUCGCUUGAGUAUCAUGAGAAUGAUGGAUAUAUUGACCUUCUGAAGCAGCUAGGAACAGAUGGCAGUUUAAUCAUCACCCGGGAUUGGUCUGUUAACAUUCCCAGCGAGGAAAGAUUCGAAUGA